UGAGUGCGCGCGCGAGGGAGGGAGUGAGAGAGACACACACACACAGAGAGAGAGAGCGGCGCGUGACCGCAAUUGAAGACGCAAGUAUCGUGAAGAAGAGAAGUGGCGUUUUAAUAAAAAAAAAUAAAAUAAGGCUCCGCAAUACCGUGAAGAUGAGCGAUACGAAACCGCAGCGGCGAGAACCGAAGAGCCCCGCCGCCUGAAGGAUUUCCCAGCUGUGCUGAAGGGGACCACGCUGUGCACAACUAGAAGAAGAGCAGUUUAGUCUGUGUGGCUUUGUCAUUGUAAUAAGUAGAAGUUGCUCACCUGCCCCUGGACUGGAGCAGCUGUGUCUGUGAUGGAGAGCUUUCCUGUCCACUGAGUGUGCUGCUGUCAGCACUGCAGACAUGUCUGCUUGCAACACCUUCACUGAACACGUGUGGAAGCCUGGCGAGUGCAAGAACUGCUUCAAGCCCAAGAGUCUGCACCGCCUACCUGAGGGGGGUCUACACAAGUGUCCCCCUGAACAAGUCCUCACCCAACACAGUCACACCUCCACAGGAGGCACAAAUAACAUUAACCACCCAAGCCACUCACCCACAGGGAGCAGGGCUAUAAUCAACGCUAACCUUGCUAGCAACCCUCAAAGAAGCAGCAGUUCUUCCCGUUCGGGCCAGUUCCGCCCUCCUGUAGCAAAAAAGCCCACAAUUGCGGUAAAGCCCACCAUGAUGCUCCCAUGCUCUGGAUUGGGGCUAGAUUUAGAAGGAAAUCCUCAGAAGCUGGUAGAGGGGGCAGAGCCUGGAAAAGCUUCAGCUUUCGCUAUUUGGAAUCACAAUGGCUUAAACCGGAAGAGGCCCACAGAACCAAACAACAAUGAGAGAAAUGAUGAAAGGGUAGAGAUGGAGGGAUUUGCCUCACUCUGUCCACCAAGCAGUAACAAUAACAAUGGCCUAACGGAUGUGCUGAAGGAGAUUGCAGGUUUGGGCUCAGAUCUGAGCUCCAGCAGGGACGACUUCUUGGGCCGGAUCAGCUGCUCAUAUAGGCGUUCAUUGGAGAGAGGCUUGCCUGCAGCCAGCUGCCUGGCCUUGGGUCAUAGCAACAGUGCAAAUAAGCAUGUCUCUUUGAGUGACAGCGCAGAGAUCAUCAGUUCAGAGGGGGGACGCUUUUGCUACCCAGAAUUUUCCAGUGAUGGAGAAGAGGACGAGGAAUAUGAAGAGGAAAGUGAGAGUGAUGAUGAUGGUGAACACGAGAGCUGGGAUGAGAGUGAUGAAGAGCUUUUGGCUAUGGAGAUCCGGAUGAGGGGUCAGCCACGCUUUGCUAAUUUCCGUGCUGCAACUCUGUCUCCAGUUCCCUUUGCAGCUGGUAAGAAGUGGAACACUGUACCUUUACGGAAUCGCUCACUGCAACGGAUAUGUGCUGUUGACUAUGAUGGUUAUGAUGAGAUUCUAAAUGGCUAUCCUUCCAUGGACUCCAGCGGAGCACCCAGCCUGCUUCCAUAUGGCUCUGACCCCCAGGGUAGUGGCUUCCUGUCUAACUCUGAGUCCAUCACCUCACCCGAGUCCUCAUCAUCUCUACCUGAGGACUCCUGCACCUCCAGCAGUGGCGGUAGUGUCCCCCGUAUCCAGCCUAAUGGUUUACACCCUAUUUCAAUUUGUGGAAACUCUGCAGUACAAGACCCAGCAGGUCGAGCAUUAAGCUCGCCUAAAGCCACUGAGACCCACAAAGCUGUUCUGGCCAUCCGACUACAGGAUCAAGACGUUAAUCAGAGAGAGGGUGGACCUCUUCCACAGGCACUCCCUGGCCAGCCAAUCACAAUAAGCUUUAGCCCAACGGAGGAACAGCCUAAACCCUAUAGAGUAGUGAGUUUGGAGAAGACUCCCAUCUGUAAGCCUUACACUGUUGUGGAUGUGUCCGCUUCUAUGGCCAGCACUGAGGAACGAACUACUGAGAGCACUGCCAGGCCCAAAGGCCCAACCACAGCACUGGGUCCCCCACCCUAUCCAGGAGCCUCAAAAAACAUACCCCUGUCUGUUUCUCCUCUCUCCCCAAAAUCACCUAUAUCAGCCAAAUCUCCACUUUCUCCUAAGUCUGCAGCAGUGUCUCCAGCCACUCCAAUAUCACCAUUCACCUCAGUUUCUUCAUCAGUACCAGGCUCACUAAGUCCUGCCUUAGUCAGUCCUGCUACAUCCAGCCCUUCCUGUAAGAAGCCUGGGAACAUUCGUUACCAAGAAGUAUGGACAUCCAGCACUAGCCCUCGGCAGAAGCUCCCCAAAGUAGAAUUGCUCAGUGGGACACCAUCUGGGUCAUCAGUCCCUCCCAGACAUGGCAACCAUAAAUCAGCUCCCACCUCCCCUGUUGCCGGCAUCUCCUCCUCACGCACCAUACCUGUGAAGUCACCUAAUUUGUCAGAGAUCAAAUUUAACAGCUACAAUAAUGCUGGUAUGCCUCCUUUCCCAAUCAUCAUCAGAGAUGAACCCACAUAUGCACGCAGUUCAAAGAAUGCAGUGAAAGUUCCCAUCGUGAUUAACCCAAGUGCAUAUGAUAAUCUGGCUGUGUAUAAGAGCUUUCUGGGUGUGAGUGGGGAGUUGCCACAGCCCAAGCCGGGAACAGGUCGGGCACCCAGCCACACGUACGAGGAAAUCGGCAACUCUGAAAAUGUUCAGUCCUCACCCACAGAACACAAGCCCAGUAAAAAAUUUGUUUCAGCUGAUAUUAAGGAAGAGAGAGACAUCACAAAAGCUGUACCUCACAAUGACAAAGCCAAAAGUACUCAUAACUGCAGUACAGCAGCCAACAUUUCAGUUACUAUUUCCAGCCCUAGAACAAACAUUGUCCCCACUCCUAGCAUUGCCUCUAGCAGUCUGACAAAAAGCAGCUCCAUUCAACUCCCCAGUAGCUGUAACCCCAGUGAUGAUUCAUCUGCAGCAGGCAGCAGUGAGUGCCAAACCUUCAAUAGCACUGAAUCAGGGCACAGGGAGAAGGCCAGCAUGGUACUGUCUCAGAUAGUAGCCUCUAUCCAGCCACCCCAGUCUCCUCCAGACUCGCCCUCUGCUCACAGCAAGACAUGCAGUGCUGAGGAGCUCUACUCUCUUCCCCCUGAUGCCACUAAGGGUACUCUCAGCAGACCCAAAUCCUUACACUGCUCUACAGACAGUAGCCUGUCCAAAUCUCACAAGGACACGUCAUCCAAACUCUUGCCCAAGUCUCAGAGUACCUCAGCAGCUGAGGCUUCCACAAGUCCAAAAUCUGAACCCAGUGCUCCUUUCCCCCCACCCAGAUCCACCUCUUCUCCAUAUCAUGCCAGUAAUCUUCUUCAGAGGCACUUCAGUAACUGGACCAGACCCAUGGGUUCUAGGCCCAGUGAUGGGGAAGUCAGCCCUGGGGCAGAAGGUAGACGCUCAGCUGACAGUAACAGGCCUAAACGUUGGAUCUCCUUCAAGAGCUUCUUCCGCCGGCGGAAAGAUGAGGAUGAACAAAAAGAGAAAGUGGAGAAAGAGAAAGGGAAGCUGGUGGGUUUGGAUGGGACUGUUAUCACCAUGUUACCUCCUCCUCCUCUCCAGAGGCAGCACUGGUUUUCAGAGUCAAAAACGGAUGACCCCAACCAGAAACCCACCAUUAUCUUCACUUAUAAGCCAGACAGUGGGUCAGGAGGCGACGGAGAGGCAGAGCUCAGGGUGGAGGAGAGUAAUGCAGCUGCAGGUGGAGUGCUGUCAUUCAACCAGUCCGGCCCCCCUAAGAGCAGAGCCAGCCUUUUGAUCAGCAAAGUGAUGAGUCAGAUGCCAGUUCAGGGCCCGGAGACAGACACACCUGCCAUCACAUCUUUGCCAACCAAGCUGGAACUGCCAACCGUGAGUGAGCCGGCCAGCCUCUCGACACACUCUGUGCGUCGCCCGCACUCACCCAGUGUCAGUCUAGGGGAGCCAGAGGAGGAAGAGGGCGCGCACACACACUCACUCUCACACUCCCCUGCUUCCAGCUCUUGCAGUGCCACCUACACCAACCUAGGUCAGUCCAGGGCCAGUUUGAUCCCAGCAAAGCACCCCAGACAUCCCAAGAACUCCGAUGACAAUCUCCAUUCUGAAUCUGAAGGUUUCAGUCCAGGUGCCAAAGCCACUCCCCCACCACUGCCCAAAAAAUCUGUGCCACGAGCCAACACGGAGCCAUCACUGACCAGAGAACCAAUGACCCGCCGGCCUCGGAGGGAGGCCAAGCCAGGCGGUGCCAGCUUGAGCGUGGCAAAUCCACUAUAUGACCUGGACUCCACCUGGGAGACGGCCAGUCAGAGCUCCUCACUCAGCUCUGAUGCCCGCCAGCUAGACGAGUCGGGGGACUCUCUAGAGAGGCCGGUGGGAGGGGGGCGGAGUCUCUCUCACUCUGCCAACAGCAGCACUGCCCCAGAUCGGGAGCAGCGUGGCUUCCGCAGCACAGAGAGCCUUGCAGCUAAUAAGACCCACAGACUUGCUCUUUACAGAGGUCUAGAGAGCUGGGAGGAGGUGGCAAGCCGCAUCCGCAGUCUGCACUCCGACACGUUGCGCAAACUAGCUGCCCGCUGUGAGGACCGCUUCAUGGCGGGUCAGAAAGACCAUUUGCGUUUUGGCACAGACAGCUGGUCCCACUUCAGACUGACCACAGGCAAGCCAUGUUGCGAGGCAGAAGAUGCUGUGUACUACACGGCUGCUUACGCUAAGGACCCACUCAUCAACUAUGCUGUUAAGAUCUGCAGGUACAAGGUGAAGGAGACACAGCAACAGUUCUUCCACAGCCUGGCUGUCCGACAAAGCCUUCCUGUGCACUUCAACAUCCAGCAGGACUGUGGCCACUUCCUCGCAGAUGUGCCUGCCCGCCUUCUGCCCUGGGAGGGUGAACAGGAGGGCGAUGAUGAGAGGGGCGAAAAGAGAGAGGAGGAGCGAAAUUUGGAGCAGAAAGGUGGUGGUAGCAAAGAGUUGCUGUCUGAAGGGAAAAGGCAGGCCGAGAGGGGGCACGGGAACAUUGCAGUGCCAGCAGACAUGGCGUGCCAAGGCGGGAAGUUGCGCAGCCGAGUGGUUGUGAUCACGCGUGAGGUCCCGUUCCAGACAGUGGCCGAUUUUGUGCAGGAGGGUGCAUCAAGGCAUUCACGUAACCCAGAACUGUAUGAACGCCAAGUGUGCCUGCUGCUACUUCAACUGUGUACUGGCCUAGAGCACAUGAAACCUUACCACGUGUCACACUGCGACCUGCACCUGAAGAACCUGCUGCUCGUGCACUGCCAGCCGAGCGAUCCCUGGAACCUGGAGCUUCCAGAGCCCAACAACAACACCACGUCUGCUUCCUCUGCCUGCCCAGCUCGCCUCAUCAUCAGCAACUUCUCUCAAGCCAAGCAGCAGAGCACCGUGCGGUACACCGAGUGCGAUGAGUUUCAGCUGGGCCUUCUUAUCUAUGACAUGCUGCACCGACCCAAUCCUUUGGUGGAGGCAGCUGGCCUGAAGGAACGGGAGCAGUUGCCACCGCUCCCGAUGCGUUCCUUAUACUCUCAGGGCCUGCAGCGGCUGGCGACUCUCCUGCUCCACACUGACGAGUCUGAGCGCAUCGGCGUGGCCGAGGCUCGCGCUUGUCUGCAGUGUCUGCUGUGGGGUCCACGUGAUGACCUCCUGCGUGCUGCACCUCUUCCCAUUCAGCGCCACGCAGCGCUGCAGAACUGGCUGGAUUUGAAGCGUACACUCAUGAUGAUCAAGUUUGCCGAGCGCUCGCUGGACGCCGGCCACAGUAGCGGUGGCGUCAGCCUGGAGGACUGGCUCUGUUGCAAGUACCUGGCCUUUGCCACCAUAGACUCCAUUGACAGGGUUGUACGUAUUUUGCAGCAGUUAUGAGUCUGGCUGCUUGGCCCCAGACUUCUUUGGACUGCCAGUCAGCUUUCAUAUCACAGGCCAAGUGUCCAGUGGAGUCUGCUAGCCUGUGCACAUUUGCGCUGUAUGCAUUUGUUUUGUUCGUUUGUUAGGUUUAUUAUUUUUUAACAUGAGGAACGUGCAAGACAUGUUUGUGCUUUAUUAGUUUGUGACUGUGUUACUUAUGUAUUGAGUGGUGAAGAAUUUUAAAUCAGUGCUUUUGCUUUUGAAAAUACUUUUUUUUUUUUUAACCAGUCAUGCAGUUGGAUCACACACUUAUUAUAAACUGUUUUUAGAAAAGCAGUGUUUGACCCCUGAUUUUUUUUUUUUUUUAAACCAGCGUGACACCGUUUGCAGAAUGACUCACAGUUUGGCCUUCUUGAUAAACUGCUUCCUUUGUUUACUCUAUCUGUGUAGAGAGCACUGAUCUGGCAUCAGCAGCUUGUCUCUUGCGCCUUGACUUACCGUAGAACAACGCUUUAGUUUUCGGGAUUUCACCAAGGGUCUGAGAGAUUUUCAUGCAAUUGUUGUUCUAGCAGUAUGUUAGUGUUGGAUGUAGUGGUGUUGAGAGAGAAAAAGGAUGUACAUUUCUAAGUUUUAAAGCUGUGUGCAAAGCAUAAGGAGUUUAUUAAACCACAGCUAAGAUGGGAGAUACCACUGAGGGCCACAGUAUUUCUACCAGUCCCUCUCAAUCUCUCUCUCUCUCUCUCUCUCUCUCUCUCUCUCUUUCAAGAUCUUUCGUCAUGUUCUCUUCUAUGAGAACCUCAUCUCUCACUCGUAAGUCUAAAUAAGAUAAAGAUUUAACUUAUUAGUGAAAGAAACUACUUAAAUUAAAAGAUGGACUCUAUUUCUGUCUUGCAGUCCUGAGUGUGAGAAAGUCGAUGCAAAUGAUUCCAAAGCAGACGGAGCGAAAUAUUUUUCUAACGCCAGAAUUUACCAAAGGUUCAAAGAUGGUCGGCAUCUAUUUUGACACGAAAUAUUGAAACAAAAAAAAAUGUAUUUUUAAAGAUAUUAAUGCAUGGUUUCAUCUGAAGACAUCAGGAAAGCUCUAUGUUACUAAAAGUGUCCUUAUGCAAAAACACACAGAAUAAGCAGGCAGAUCUUCAGAUCCAGAACUGAAAGAUUCAGUCUGGGGGGGGGGUUGGUGAACGUGCACUGUGGUUGUCGGAGAGUCCGCAGCACUCUGAUCAAAGUUUCAUUUCUCAUAACCCAGACAGUGAAUUGUGGGUAGAUCAGCCCCAGAGAAUAAUGGGUUGGAACGGCGUACCUUUUUCGAAGGUAGAUAAUUUUUGUACCUUUUAUGGAUUUAUGUGCAAUCGUUGUAAAUGCUAUCUGUUACACAUAGAAACAGUAUUUAUAUAUAGUGUAUGUGCUUGAUAUUAUGCAGCAUUCAGUUAGACAGUUACUUCCUUUUGGCACAUAAUUAUUGACAAUGCCUUCCUCAAGGCACAACUUGUUGUUGUUUUUUUCUUUGAAACAUAAUUUCCACAAUGUUCACAAGAUUGGAUGAGAAGCUGUGUGUGUGUGUGUGUGUGUGUGUGUGUGUGUGUGUGUGUGUGUGUGCGCGCGCAUUUAGCAAGUGAUUUACCCUUUUUUUUUUUUUUUUUUUUAGGUAGUGCACAUACCUUCAUUACAUUUUCACUGUAUUACUACGCAUGUUUCUAAAAGUGUGUGUACGUGCAUUUAAUUUUGAUUGGAAAGAGGCUGAUGAGGUAAGUGUGUGAAGGUGUGAAAUCAGCAGCAAGUCCUAGUUCUGCCUACACAGGGACCAGUCAGCUACUCGACUCAGAAAAGUAAAGCUAAGAGCCAUCUUGCAAUAAAAUUGCUGCGAACUGUGAGCUCUUUCCUUUCACAGGCAGAAUAAGAGCAGUGAUGCAAGCUAAACAGCUCUGGAGCAGUGUUUCUCAACCUCAGGGUCUUCGAACCCUCUGUGGUCCGUGGCGUAAUUAUAGGACGUCUGUGGGAUUGUUCUUAAAAAUAUUUAAAAUGUCUAUAAUUGGCAUUUUUCACACACUGUCACUAACAUUGCUCAGAAGUUCGCACCGUGUCCAACGCUGAUGGUUUGAACAAAUGAUUAUCGAGAGAUAGAAUCAAGCCAAGUGUAAUAUUAGCAAUAAAAUGUUUAACGAUUUUACGGUUCAUCCCCGGCUGCAAGUUUGACAUGGAUGAGUAAAAUGAAAUGUGUGCAGUGUGUCAUGUGAAAUGUUAAUCUCAGUGUCAGUUAAUGUUAAAUCGGCGUGAACAGCAGGCAGGAUAUCAAAUGUAAUAUUGAACUGAAAAUCUUUUAAAUUUGACACUUGUUGGUUGAUGAAAAGGUGUAGACUACUAUAUAUUAUUUUUCUAUCCACAUUCACUGGAUAUGAGCAAUCGCACACUCUGAUUGGCUACUCUACUACGAGGCUAUCAGCUCAUAUACCGUGAGUAGAGAAAAACAAAAUGGUGGCGUGUGUUGCUGAACCAAUCGAGGAUGAAAUGAAAACUCUACGCCAAAACACCCCCCCCAAAAAAGAAAACAAGAAAAAGCAACAAAAUAUGGAAUGAAAUUAUUUCAUGGUAAGAAUGUAUCUUUUUUUUUUCAAGAAUUAUUAUUAUUGCAUUUUUCACAAAUUGCUACUGUCAUUUUGCCAGUUUGUUUACAUUCUAAACAGAAAUUAUUUUGUCAGACAUUUUGUAUAAAGUUUUUAUUUAUCAAAUUUGCAAAAAAAUAAACAUUUCUCAAAAGCCAGUGAAUGUGGAUAGGAUAAAACAGUUAUUCCACUCAAUCUUGUCGUACAUGGCUUACAGCCAACUCGGCACUACAUGCCUCGUCGGCUAUCGGCUCAUGUACGACUCCGUUCCGUGGAAUAACUGUUAAUUAUACUCGUACAUUAUGAUCAUACAGGGCAUGUCACCACAAAAUGAGUCCAGCUGUUCAAAAAAAAAAAAGAAAAAUUGUUAUCUUGGAUAUUCUAAAUCUGCAGUUAAUUACAGUGGGGCAAAAAAAGUAUUUAGUCAGC